GAGGAGGUAGGGGCGAUGGAGGAGAAGACCCUUAUCACAGACCAGGUCCUGGGGUGAAGAGCAGGGUCUUUAUAUGUUACUACAGCUGGGAGCGGGACAUAAGGGCAUUGCCUUGCCUAUGGGUGGAUCCUCGCGGUGGUGAGGGCUGGGAUACGACGAGGAGCCGAGAAAGGUUUGGCAGGGCGCUAGUAUGGCGGUCUUGACUAGCCCAUCCGGGACUAGUUGCGCGUACCCACCGUGCUGGGCAUGGCAUCGACGGCAGGCGGCACAGCACAGAGUUUUCAGACAAGGCCAGCCGUGGGCAACCCUGCUCGUCGUGUGGUGUGCAAAUGCGCCAUGGAGAAUGGCUGGGCCGUCGUGGGUGUAUGGUGUACUAGAGGGUGGGCUUGCGUUAGUGACCCGGGGUGGGCGACAAUUUGCCCCAGCAUAAGAGUGAGAGCAUCCUGGGUGUGCUCAUGGGUUGCCGCGCCUAGAGUAGCUCAGGCAGGCGAACAGGCGAACAGGCGACCAGGGCCCAUGUCACCGGCCGCGCGACGACAGUUGGGGGAACGUAAUCCAGUCUGGCGGAGGACAAGGCUAUGGAUAGGUGCGUUCGCACGUCGCCGAAGCGUGCUAGUGGAUGCAUCGCAGUGUGUCGGCAGGUAUCGGGCUCCUGCCCCAAGGCUGGGUGCGGGCGAGCGUACGAGAACGAGUGCGCGAGCGGGUGGGGGUCUAUACAUGUCGCUAACAAGAGGCUCGCGUGUUUUGGGAGAAAGAGGGAGUUGGAUGCGAUAGGGCGUCGUGGGUGCAGGUAAGCUGUGAGCUGUGAGCUGAUCGGGAGCCGCACCAGUGUCAAAACCGCUGGACCGACUCUCGGCUGAUAGCAAGGAACAGCGCCGCAAGUGCUUGAAUCAAGUGUUGCGCAUCGCAAGCGUUGAGAGAUUGGCGUUGCUUAGAGGCCGGGCAGACACAAAUCAAAUGACGGCAUCAUGCUUGAGAAGUGCCGAGCCAAGGAGCGCACGGCCGUCGCGUCUGCUAUGAGUUACUGUC